UCAGUUCCACGUGACGUUUCAGACUAGCGGGCAACGUUCACUUUGAUUUCGGAUGUUGUUGCUAGCUACCACUGUCAACCGAGGAGCCAACAGAAUAAGCGCUAGAUAAAUGUCUUCUCCAUCUCAAGCAGACGACGAUGAGGUGGAAGAAGUGGAGUUUGUAUCAGAGGGCCCUGGCAGACCAGUAUUGGAAUGUAUUGAUCUGCUGAGUGAUAAUGAGGACGAGGGAUGUUCAUCUUUCACGGGCACGAUUGAAGAUAAAAUCACCCGCCAUAAAGACCGCGUUACAUCUACACUGGACAGGCUAGCACAACAGGUGGCCCUAGAGAAAAAGGAAAGAUCAGAUAAAUGUAGAGCGUUCAAGGAGAAACAAAUCUUACAAAGAGCUCAUGGACAGCAGGAGCUGGCCGUUAGUUCUCCAAAUGGAAAUAAUCGUGAAGCAAAGCACUGUGUAGACAUGUGGUUAAAGAUGCCAGGUCUCAAACCUGGAAUGAUAAGUACUGGCUUUGUAAGAAGACAAAGACCUGUUUCCUUCCCGGGAAACAGCUCAACUACACACACUUGUCCAGUGAUCAACUGUGGUCGAGUUUAUGACAAUGCCUUCCUCCUUGAAGGCCAUUUAAAAAGGUUUGAUCACUCCCCUUGUGACCCAACCAUCAACCUUAAAGGAUGUCCAUCAGAGCUCUUUGCCUGUGUUGCCUGUGGUCAACAUUUUCAGACUGAAGAAGCUUGGAGGAAACAUCUUGAAUCUAAGGUGUCCUCAUCUGCUGCUGACGGUCACAGCAUCACACAGACGUAUCAGUGGAUUGUGUGUUUUGCCUGUCCGGCCUGCUACUCCCUCUACAACCUCCGAGAUGAGUGUCUGCAGCACAUGUCAAGCAAAAACCACUUCACAGAGUCUCUCGCCAUGAAUGAAACCAGAGAAAGACCGCUGCCAGUUCCUGUCUCCCAAUAUGUUAAGAAUCGUCUCAUCACUUUGUGCAAGGAUGUAACGUUCAAUGUCCGAUGCUCUUUAUGUCACAAAGUACUGAUGUCACAUCAGGCAGCCCGAGCUCACUUUAAUGUGCACUGCAGACAGGGCUGCGCCGUGGCCAAGGCUGAUAAAACAGUGGCGCAGGUCAUGAAACAGCUGCAAGUGCGAGGGCAGUGCUCCCUCUGCUGUAAACUCUUCCACAGCCAAGCUGAAAUUGAGAGACACAAAGAAUCGACCCAGCACGACGUGGAGGUCAACCAAACAAUGGAGAAAGCCCUCAUUCAGCACUGCAGGUUUAGUGAAAUUCCCCACACCCAGAGGGCACAGAGGAAAAGACAGUCCACUGGCCUUGAAACACCUUUUCAAAAAAGAAACAAGGAGAGUGACUGCGAAGAAUUUUCAGCCAAACGGAAGAGAACGAGUGUGAACGGCAGCAGCGGCAGAAACUCGGUAACAGCAUGGUUCUGCGAGUGCGGUAUACGGUUCUCAGAGGAGGCUACAGCCACGAAGCAUCUCUUGGCUGUGAACCAAAUAUUCCAUCAGUGUGCCGUGUGCGGCAAACACAUGGGAGAGUCCUCGAUCACUCGCCUGCAUAUGAGCCGCUUUCACGGGGGAGCUCAUCUCACCAACUUCCUCUACUACUGCCGCGAGUGCAAUGUUGAAAUGCCUCGGUACGAAGACAUCCUGUCGCACGUGACAGAAGCCCACAGCGGACACACCUACCUGACUGAAAAGGAAGUGCCCGAGGAGCUCGCCACAGUCAUCCGUGCGAAGCCGUCCACCAGCAGCGAAGUGGCCCCACGUUCAUCCUCCAAGUCCACAUUCCAGCAGGACACAGUAGAGACAUCUCUAAAAGCAGAGCAGACAUGGAUGUGCAGGAUGUGCGAGGACGUCUUUGAAUCGGAAAGGGACGUCCGCAGACACUGCGGUGACUUGAGCACCCACAGCUUCCAGAGAUUCAUCUGUGGACACUGCCCCCAGAAGUUCUUCAAAGAGUCCACUGUACGCAGACACUGUACCAAUGAGCACGGCGGGCACGUAAAGAGCUUCCACUUCUGCGGCCUCUGCGACAGCAUGCAGUUUGAGUCCGAGGGCGAGUUUUUGGAGCACUACAAGAGUCUUCACAGUAAAGACUUCUACUGCAUAGACGACGUUGAGGUUGUUCAGCCUGCUGCUGCUGAAAGCACCAGUCAGCUUACAUGUCCAUGCAUGGGAUCAGAAAAGAGGAAAGAGGAAAUGAAAGCUACCUACACACAGUGCAUGAGGAAUCUGUCCGCUGAAGGGAAAUGUCAAUACGCGUGCGCUCAUUGUAGCGUAUCUGUGCCUUCCUUUGCACAGAUCAAGACUCACGUCCACACCAAGCACGCAGCCUUGAACCGCGACAAGACCUUUGACGUAAAUUGCAAAGCUUGCCAGGAGAGUUUUACGGGUGUACCAAGUUUCCAUACGCACUAUCACUCUCGACACUGCACACUGGAACCUUGCAGGAGCUCCAGGACCCGCCGUGUGAAAGCAGAACCCACCACUGUAAAAGUAUUCAACGCUGUGGAGAUCUCACCAGACACCAAUGAGAUUGAAGAUGAAACAUUGGUGAACAUGGAUCAGACCAACAUAGAGAGUGAAGCAUGUGAAAAUGAAUCGGAUGACGAGAUGAACCAUGAACCGUCUUUGAGUGCAGAAGAUGAAAGGGAGUCAACAGAGUUGGAAGAAGCUCUUAAAAGAAGUCUUCUGGAGUUUUGAGGACAAUGUGUAAUUUUUCUUGUGACCCAUUGUUCAUCAGACUGAGAUGUUUUGCGCCAAGUAUUUGUGUUCAAAAUGUGUUAAAUGGAAAGAUUUUCUUUUGACUUUUUCUGUGUAUUUAAUUAUUUGUAAAUCCAUCAAUAUGACGACAUGAUAAAGUUAAAAAUACUGAGCAGGUUGGUUUGUGGCUGUGGAUUUAUGGCUUCUGUUGUGAAGACUCAACCCUCGCGUGUGUCGACACAUGGACUAUAGAUGGCCUCGAUGACGCUGCAGAAUGCCGAGGCUCAACUUGUGACCACAGUGCAUCUCCAAUUGCGGUCUCUGUUUUCAUUGCAGACUUGAACUCUAGUGUAUAGUGUGCACCGUAGGGAGCAGCGCCAACCUUUUGUAUGUAGAAAAGUCACAGGGUUUCCUGAAGUGCAGCCGUAUAAUUCCUGAUCUUUAUGUGAUGGGAUAUUAGUCCAUUCUUCUAAAAUUAAGUGGAAACAGUUAAAGUCCUGUUAAACUGGAGCUGCAAUUCUGUCAAUGGCUCUUAUGGCUCUUUUAGUUUCCUCAUGUUCUCUUCAAAAUCAUUAGAAGGUGACUGAUGAAUUACCCUUAAAAUGAUGCACACAACAGAUUAGCAUUCAGAUGUAUUUUUUUAUUUAGCUGCCUUUUGUAAUUACACAUGCAUUU